AUGAGUUAUGGAUACGCGGAUUUUGAAUUGAAUAAAAACUGUUGUGAUGUUAAAAGUGAAACACAGACUGAAGAGAGGGAAGAAGUUCAUGUUUUGGGGCCAAGUAGACGUUGUUUGGCCUGGGCCUGCAAGGCCUGUAAGAGGAAAACUGCAGCGGUUGACAGAAGAAAAGCGGCUACAUUACGAGAAAGGCGGCGGUUAAGAAAAGUCAACGCAGCCUUCGAAGAGUUAAGAAUUCGCGCGAGGGCUGGCAGUGGUCGGCUUCCAAAGCUGGAAAUACUCCGAGCUGCUAUUCAACAUAUAGAAAGGUUGCAGGCUGCACUACGGGCUGCUGCUGUUUUGGAGACGGAGAGCUGCAAAGGAUACGUCGAACCGCCGAACUCGCGAACAGAAAUCAGAGACAAUAAGAAUGACCGGGAGAAGCCUUUUUUAAAUGGGGACUCGACGUGUGGCCUUAACAGUUUGGCAAGACUUCGGUGUAUAGUACAGGCAUUAGCUAAAGACAAUGUGUGA